GCCAGUACGAGUAUAUCGAUCCGUCAUACUGCUAGUACGAGAGUAUACAACAUGCCAAGAGUGGAAGUGCUAUGAGGAAUAGUAAUCGUUCCUUGUCAAUGAAGUGGAUGGCCCUAUUGACAGCUCCUGGGCGGAACACGGUCACUCCGGCGCAUAAUAGGCAAGAGAAAAGUAAGUUAAUGCGACAAGUCCUCCAAUGUGUACUCCUUACUCAUGCACAAUCCGGAUCACACGGUAUGAACACUGCGAGCUUCAUGGAAUCAAAAAGGGCAAUCACGGGGUUUGUGGUGGAAGUGAUACGAGGCACGGAGUAAAGAUUCCAGUGUCACGGUCGAUACAUCGCAGAUUCUUUUUCACGCGCUUCGAUUCGUUCCUAGAUCGCGCACGAGGAGUCGAAAGAUCUCGCUUCCUACUGACAAGGACAAGGGACGGACCGACAUCAUCAGCUUGGGAUACGCUAACAGGGGGACUUGUACGAAUCGACCUGGGCUCUCCGACAACCUUGUCGUGCAGUUCACGGUGCAGAUUGGUGCUCCGUAGCAUCGGUCAGAUCCCUCGAUUCUCGGCCAACCUUGGCUUAGUUGGCCGAAGGGGGGUGCGAGCACAUGCAGUCCAGCGGCUUCGUACAGUACAUCUUCGUACAUGCGCAGCCGCCAAAACCAAACGCCGGCCUUAUCGGGUUUGCAUCUCUCUGCCUUGGGGAGGCAUGCAUGUGCGUGCCUGUACUCCGUACGUCUGUGUGUUUUGUAUGCACGCCCGCAUCCUGUAUGCAGGCCUUUUGGGAGAUCACACGGACAAGGACAGCUAGGUUCAGAGCUUAUUGGAGGCUUACCAUGCAAUCAUGGCUCCCGUGUCUCUGUUUUACCGACCAGUUCCCUCUCGUCUUCUCAAACCCAACCGUCUGAGUGGCUUGAAAAAACGAGU